CUGCUUCAAUUACUUCCAUUGCAAUUCUAUCUCCUUCUUCCUCAGUUUCUCUAUCUAAAGUUAUCAAUGGCGUCUGCAGAUGUUGAGUACAGAUGCUUUGUCGGUGGUCUAGCAUGGGCCACCACAGAUCAAUCACUCGAGCAAGCCUUUGCUGAGUUUGGAGAAGUCAUCGAAUCGAAGAUAAUUAAUGAUCGCGAAACUGGAAGAUCGAGGGGUUUUGGAUUCGUUACCUUCAAGGACGACCAAUCGAUGAGGGACGCGAUUGAAGGAAUGAACGGUCAGGAUCUUGAUGGGAGGAAUAUUACCGUUAACAAGGCUCAAUCUCGCGGCAGUGGAGGUGGAGGUGGAGGUGGAUUCCGUGGUGGUCGCCGUGAGGGUGGUGGCUACGGCCGUCGAGAUGGAGGCUACAAAGGAGGCAACGGUGGUGGAUACGGUGGCGGAUAUGGUGGCGGCUACGGUGGCGGCUACGGUGGCGGCCGUGACCGUGGAUAUGGCGGUGAACGUGGUUACUCAAGAGGCGGUGGUGAUUCCGAAGGCAACUGGAGGAAUUAUUAGGGUUAAAUGUUCUAUUCGUGAUUUCCAUUGUGUGUUAGUUUCUAAUGCUAUGUUUUGUGUUCUUGAUCUCUGGUUCUUGUGGUUACUUUCACCAUGUAUAAAUAAAUAUUUGCAGAUUUCUGCAAAAUGAAGUAAAUUGUGAUCCUUCAAAAUUUGAUUUUGA